GAUUGGCUGCGUCACCGAGGCCACGCCUCUUUCCACAAGCGAAUCGUUGUCUGCCGAUAAUAAAGAUGGCGAACGGACCCGCGUAAAUUGGAGGUCUCCAUAGAGGACUGUCCGCAUCCAGCAACACGAAAAGGAGUCGACUGAGAGAAAACCAUGGCAUAUGAGGAGUUAAAGGAGAUGGGGGCAGAUGGGGGCCUCGUUGCCGGCCGCAGUCAGAGGGAGAAGAGGAGGUCCUACAAGGAUCUGUUACGAGAGGAAGAGGAGAUUGCUGCAGAGGUACGCAAGUCAUCCAAAAAACGUCCAAAGGACUCAGAGCUCUUCAUGCUGGGAGGUGACCUGCACAAGAAGAAGAAGAAACACAGCGAGGACCACUAUUACCGGGAUCACGAUGGUUUAGGCCCCCCUCCUCAUAAGAAAAAGCAUAAGUCUGUAGAGCGCUCUCCGCCCCUGUCUUCACCCUCUUCGUCGCAGCCGACAGACACGGCAAUGGGCCUCCUGCAGGCCAUCACCUCUCCCCUGGCCACCGGCUCGGACCCCAGCCCUCACCUGCACAAGAAACCCUCCUACCCCACUUUCUCGUCGCAUUCCUCCAAGGACCGCAAGCGUGAAAGCAGCGGAGGCGGGAGCAAAGGGAGCCACUCGGCAUCGCACUCGCGCCCCGUGUCUUUGUCGUCGUCGUCUUUUAAGAAGCACUCCUCCUCCUCCUCCUCCUCUACUAAGUCGUCUCUGUUUCACGGCGGCGCUCCCAAAGAGGAGCCCCUGACCCUACGCGAGGCCGACGGGCUGAAAAUGAAGCUGAUCAUGUCGCCGGAGAAGGAGGAGCCGGAGAGCUUCCCGGUGACGACGCAUUCGUCCAAAGCCGGCGGGAAGAAGGAGAAGGACAGAGAGAGGAUGCAGCCGUCAAAGUCGCCCAAGAAGAAGCUGCCGCUGAGCCGAGAGCCGCUGCCCGUGGUGGGGAAGGAGGUGGAGGUAGAAGGCCAUUACGGAGGCGGCGUGGGGGAUGAUAGCUCCUCGUCCGGGGGGGAGCUGGAGGCCGGGGAGCUGAUUAUAGACGACUCGUAUACACACUUGUCCAAAAAGAAGAAGAAGAGCAAGAAAAGCAAGAAGAAAAAGGACAAAGAGAAAGACAGAGACAAGGACAAAAGUGGGAAGGACAAGAAGCACAGCAAAAGUUUGGGAGAGUCUUCAAGAGGCCACAGCCACUCCCAUCCCACCGUCAGCCAUAGCGCCGUUGGCCCCAUGUAUGCCAUGAGCAAGCCCAUCGCCCCCCACCACCAGGGCCACGACGGGACCGAGAAGAAGAAGAAGAAAGAGGAUAAAGACAAAGACAAGCACGAGAAGGAUAAAGAAAAGACCAAGAAGAAGACGACGACGACAGCAUACCAGGUGUUUUGUAAGGAGUACAGGGUCAACAUAAACGCUGAGCAGCCAGGUCUAGAUUUCGGCGAGCUGAGCAAGAAGCUGGCAGAGGUGUGGAAGGCGAUGCCUGAGAAAGACAAGCUAGUUUGGAGACAGAAGGCCCAGUAUCUGCAGCACAAACAGAACAAAGCCGAGGCCACCACUGUGAAGCAGAAGUCCUCCACUGAUGGCAAAAGCAAAGUUGCAGGACCGGCAGUGGGGCUGGUGUCACCGACCAGAACGCCUGGCACCAUGUCGCUGUCCCCGGCUCGAGUGCCAGAUGUUGACCCCAUCGACGCGGCGGCCCACCUGCAGCUGCUAGGAGAGUCCCUGUCUCUGAUUGGCCAUCGGCUCCAAGAAACAGAGGGGAUGGUGGCCGUGUCCGGGAGUUUGUCCGUUCUUCUGGACUCCAUCCUGUGCGCUCUGGGCCCGUUGGCGUGCCUCACUGCGCAGAUACCACAGUUAAAUGGAUGUCCUCGAAAUGUCCUGUCAAACACAUUGGACAACAUCGCCUACAUCAUGCCCGGGUUGUGAGGAUCCUGAAACGGACAAUUGUUGCGUCAGAGCAACCUAAACUGACUGCACGGGUCUGAUGCUGGAGAGACCGUUGACGUUUAACAUAAGCCACUGCUUGGAAUCUGAAGACCUACCGUAUUUUUUCGGACCAUAAGGCGCCCCGGAUUAUAAAGGCACACUGUGAAUCAACGUGUCUGUGUGUCUUUGUCCACAUGUAAGGCGCACUAAAUAUUCUUCCCAAGGGUGUAAGAUCACUCCGCCCCUUCACGUACACAGCUCUCUAUGCGCCUCUGUCAGGACAGAGGAGUUGGACUACGCUGCCCUGUUUCUAACAUAAGGCCAAAAUAAACUUAAAUUUUUAUAUUGGUAUUAACUUACUCAUGCUAGUGCGACCAGAGUACGCACUAGCAACAAUAAACCUAGUAUGUGGGGGUCUUUACAUGAAUGUACUUCUAGUUUAGACAUUACAGUCAGGCAGUCUUGUAGACAGCUCAGGGGUCCCAUCAGGUAGUGACACAGUGUACCGUAAUGCUCUGAAUAUCCAUUGAGCGGAGCGGCUUCGUUGCCUACCAAAGUUGUAUUUACACAUUUUAACAGAUUUUUGAGCGCAUUGUACCACAUAAAAUUGGUCAGUAAGCACAACAGUAAUCAUAUUUAAGGAGCACCGAAUUAUAUGCCGCACCAUCGAUUUUUCAGAAAAUGUAAGGAUUUUAAAUGCGCCUUAUAGUCCAAAAAAUACUGUAGAUAUUUUCUGGUUCUUUUUAAAGUGUAUUUUUUUAGAUAAUGUCUCCAAACUUUGUAAUUGCUGAUUUUAAAUCAAACCCUCUAUUGUACAUGUUUUGUUUCUAUGUUACUGUACAGCUGUCUGUUUUAGGAGUGGUUGUAUGCUGAAAUAUGCUGUGUACGAUUGUAGUUAUUUUAAUUAGAAUUCAAACAGUUUUAUUUACUCACUUAUCUAGGAACUUAUUCUCAUGUGAAUAUUUGCCAUGUUUAAAGUACUUGUUUUAUACUGAUGUCAUUUUAAAGUGUUUGCAACAAUUAGGUUUUUUUUUUUUAUUUAGACAUCUAGGAAAUGUUGGACAAACAUAAUUAUUGGUGCGACUUCAUCAAAAUGAAGAGCUCUUCCAAUAAUUUGAGUUGAAAACUGAACAAGAAGGCAACAUUAAAUCCUUUCAGUGAAA